AUGUUCAUGCCGGAACGCUUCUUUAAAGACAAUGGAGAACUCGACGACGACGACCGUAUUUUAGCCUACGGAUUUGGCAGAAGAAUCUGUGUAGGGAAAUAUGUAGCAAGCUCGACGAUGUGGAUGGUCAUUGCCUCCAUCUUGGCUUGCUUCAACAUCGAUAAGGCACAGGACGACUUCGGGAACGACAUCGAGAUCGACGACCGAUACUUGGAUGUUAGUCCUACAUGUCAUAAGACCCCCUUCAAAUGCUCGAUUGUACCCCGGUCAGAUGUAUGGAGAAGCCUUAUCGAAGAGGCAAUGGCCGAAGCGAAGAUAUGA